CCGCGCUGCCCCACCACACCGCCCCGUGCGUGUCGAUCCGAACUACAAAUGCCUUCCUCUUCGUGUAGCUCCACUCCAUUCUCCUCCUCUAGUCUGAUGGAAUGAUGGAGUUCCUCUUCUCCCUCCUCUAGCUUCUUUCUCCGCCUCCCCUGCAUCACUCCAGCGGAGUCCUCGAGAGUCGAGAUGGCACCACCUCCCACGCCCCUCCUCCUCCUCCUCCUCCUCCUCCUCCUCUGCUCCCUCACCAUCACGCCGGUGGCCGCCGGCGAGCGCGCGCGCACGGUGUACAUCGUCCACAUGGACAAGUCCGCCGUGCCGCCGCACUUCGCCGAGGACGCGCACGCGUGGCACUCGGCCAUCCUGGAGUCGGUGGCGGACGCGUCGCCGCGCGGCCGAGGACGCCCGGAGCACGUGUACUCCUACGCGAACGCGCUCAACGGCUUCGCCGCCACGCUCUCCGCUGCCGAGCUACGCGCGCUCCGCCACACGCCAGGGUUCGUCUCGGCGUACCCGGACCGCCGCGCGGACGUCGCCCACGACACGACGCACUCCCAGAGGUUCCUCGGCCUCCGCCCCGACGCCGGGCUGUGGCCGGCGGCGAACCUUGGCGAGGGCGUCAUCAUUGGCGUGCUGGACACCGGCGUUUGGCCCGAGAGCAACAGCUUCCACGACGACGGGAUGCCGGCCGUGCCCUCCCGGUGGCGCGGGGCGUGCGUGCCGGGCGUCUCCUUCCCCGCCACCACGUGCAAUAGGAAGCUCAUCGGAGCACGCUACUUCAACCGCGGAUACGUGGCCAUGUACCCCAACGCCACCGUAUCAAUGAACUCGACGCGCGACGACGACGGCCACGGCACGCACACAGCGUCCACCGCCGCGGGCAGCCCUGUGCCGUGCGCGUCCUUCUUCGGCUACGGGCGCGGCACGGCGCGUGGAACAGCUCCACGUGCCCAUAUCGCGGCGUACAAGGUCAGCUGGCCCAGCGACACGGUGAUGUCCGACGUCCUGGCGGCCAUGGACGCGGCGAUCACGGACGGCGUCGAUGUCGUGUCCAUCUCCCUCGGCUUCAACAACCAGCCGCUCUACACGGAUCCAGUUGCAAUUGCCUCGUUCGCUGCCAUGGAGCGGGUGGCGGCCGGCACGGUGGACCGGCAAAUGUUCGCCGGCACUGUGAGCUACGGAGACACGAAGCAAGGCAUCACCACGAUCACUGGGGUCACGUCGUAUCCAGCAAAUGCUUGGGUUUCUCAAGUGAAGCUGGUCUACAACGAGACGCUGUCCGCGUGCACCUCGUCAGCUCUGCUCCAAAGUCUGGAGACAAAGAAGAGCAUUAUCGUCUGCCGCGACACUGGGCUUGGUGCGAUGGACCAUCAGAUGAAGGUUGUCGCCGCGGCCGGUCUCACGGCCGCUAUCUUCGUCCCGCAGACCGAGACGGACGAACCCCUAAUGGGUGAGUAUCCGCUGCCGGUUAUCGCGAUUAGCCCAGAGGAUGCGCCCGCGCUGCUCAAGUAUAUCACCUCCAGCUCGCCGCCGACGGCCACGAUCAAGUUCCAGCAGACCGUCCUCGGCAGAGCACCGGCGCCGGUGGUCGCCUUUUACUCCUCCCGAGGGCCGUCGCCGAGUUUUGCGGGCGUCCUCAAGCCGGACAUAUUGGCGCCGGGUGACAGUAUACUAGCUUCCUGGCCACCCGUUGCUCCGUUGGCGUACGUAGGGGCGACGGCUUUGGGCGGCGACUUCCAAGUCGCGUCCGGGACUUCAAUGGCGUGCCCGCACGCCAGCGGCGUGGCGGCGCUGCUCCGGGCGGCGCACCCGGACUGGAGUCCGGCCAUGAUUAAGUCUGCAAUGGUGACCACGGCGAGCGCGGUCGACAAUCUGCACCGUCCCAUCGCCGACGCCGGCAACGGCAACGGCAUGGCUAGUCCGCUGGCCAUGGGCUCGGGGCAUGUCAACCCCAACUCUGCUCUGGACCCGGGUCUCGUCUUUGACGCCGGGCCGCGGGACUUCGUCGCGCUCCUGUGCGCCGCGAACUACACCGUCACCCAGAUCGCGGCGGUCACGCGCAACGUGGCCGUGGCCGUGACGCCGUGGACGCUGGAGUUCGGCGGUGCGGGCGAGAAGGCGACAUUCGAGGUGGAAAUUGUGCUGACCGCGCCCACCGGAGGAGAGCCGGCGCACGGUGCCGUGCUCUGGACGGAGCUGGUCGGCGGCAGUCACCAGGUCAGGCUCCCGUACGUGGUGGUGUGACGGCGCCGUUCGGUGCUGUGAACUUGAUCUUAUGUCGCUCCGAUGAUGUAGUUUGACUUGGGCUUAAGGAGUCAGAAAUCCUAUUAAGUACUCUACCUUAUAUUUCUCAGUCACAGUGGACUGAGGUUUAACUUAUUAGUCAGACUUAUCGCUAUCUCAUCCUACUAGUUGCUUGUGCUUGUCAAUUUGAAAAAAGCAGGUGCUUGUGCUUAUUAGUUC